AUGUCUAACCUCAUUGAGUCUGCCAAAAAGGCGGCUGCUUACAAAGCUGUUGAUGAGAAUCUCCCCGAGAACGUGGGAGUGGUCGGAAUUGGCUCGGGAUCUACCGUGGUAUACGCUGCGGAAAGAUUGGGUCAAUUGAGCAAUAAGGGACUGUUCGUCUGUAUCCCUACUGGAUUCCAGUCUAAGCAAUUGAUUAUUGAUAACGGCCUUCAGAUUGGUACAAUUGAGCAAUACCCAAGAAUCGACAUUGCCUUUGAUGGUGCUGAUGAGGUGGACCCCAAGCUCAAUUUGAUUAAAGGUGGAGGCGCCUGUUUGUUCCAGGAGAAGCUCGUGGCCCAAGCGGCCAAGACCUUCAUCGUCGUUGCUGACUUCCGUAAGAAGUCUCCUGACUAUUUGGGUGUGCUGUGGAGAAGAGGUGUACCCAUUGAGAUUGUGCCCAAUUCAUACGCCAAGGUCACUCUUGACUUGCAAGAGUUGGGUGCUGAUACCGUUGUCCUCAGACAAGGAGGUGCAGCCAAGGCCGGUCCAGUGAUCACAGACAACAACAAUUUCAUCAUUGACGCCGACUUUGGUUCUAUUGAGGACCCUGCUUCGUUGCAUGCAAAGAUCAAGGCUUUGGUUGGAGUAGUGGACACAGGUUUGUUCACAAAUAUGACUGCCAAAGCCUACUUCGGCGAAGAAGAUGGAGAGGUUUUGACCUGGGAAGCUAACAAGUAG